AUGUCUUCCCGACAGUCACUACACCCGGAUAGACGAACCAACGGCACCGCUGGCGUAGAGAACCCGCCGCAGGCUCGAUUUCAGCAGCAGCAGCAGCAGCAACGUCCCCCUUCAGCGGCCGAAAGAGCCACUUCGAGGAGUGAACGACGAGUACCGUCACCCAGGGAACCUUACACGAACCCAGCCCACAAGAGAUCAGCUUCUGGCAAUCCGCGACCAGCAAGCCGCAGCACUGAAGAACGUAGGACAGAAAGGGUCACAGUGACGACUAGGGACAAGCUCAUCAGCCGCACAAGGAGUCCCGAUCGGCGAGCCAACAAUGCCGCAUCACCCGGGGAACGAUGGAGGUCGAGGGAGCCUACGAGACCGCGAGCGGGCGAAACCGAGGCGCGCAAGCCAAAACCCGAGGAACCAUCUGAACCUUGGGAGCCUGUAGUGACACUUCAACCACAUUCGACAGCACCCCUUGCGAUGCGUGUUUCCUUACCUCCACUGGCGAAGACCGCACCGCCUACACUUCAACCGGAGCCUCUCGGGACACUCUCACUUGAGAAGCAGGAGGCUGCCAUCAUCGAUGACUUGCUGUUUGUCUUCAUGGGCUACGAGGGACAGUACAUUCGCUACUCACAUUACAAGCCUGAAGAGGAGCGAGAUCGACUCACGGGACCGCAAUUCACUGUCGCAACGGGCUUGGAUCCCAGCCUCCUCGACCUCACGCAGUCGAUGCUCAAGAUGGCAUCACACUAUUCGGCUCUCGAAACUUUCAUCGACGUGCAGAGCCGAGAAGAGUUUGGCACUGUCAACCAUGCAUUGUGCGCCUCGAUACGGAGACACCUUCAGGAUUAUCUCGUAAUGGUCGCCCAGCUCGAGACCCAGUUCCUCACCAACGAGUCUUUUACGCUUCACCUGUUGCACGUCCACACUCUGCCAACAACUCAGAUGAUGUUUCAGCUCUAUACCCUCGCCCAUGAGUUCCUGAAGCGGAAUGCGCUGCUUGACGAUGAAUCAUCCGACGACUCGGAUCCCGACGAUAUCGAUAACAUCCUCGAAAACCUCAGGAGAGGUGGCGAUCUCAACCCAGGCAACGUUCCGGGGAAGAAGAUCUGCCGCGGAGGAAUUGUAAUCGGGCUAAUCACAAAACGCCUGGAAACCAUGUCAGGCGAUCCAUCAGCUAAAGCACUCCUGACUUCUUUGUUGCGAGACGCAAGUCGUCCUUAUAUGGCUAUGCUGAACGAAUGGCUCCAUCAUGGGGGCAUUACUGAUCCCCAUGCCGAGUUCCUGAUCAAGGAGCAGAAGACGAUCCGCCGAGAUAGGCUCGAGCAGGAUUACACUGAUGACUAUUGGGAAAGGAGGUAUACCAUCAGAGAGAACGACAUACCACCUCAGCUACUGAGCGUCAAGGACAAGGUCCUCCUUGCUGGGAAAUACCUCAACGUUGUCCGUGAAUGCGGUGGUGUAGACGUUAGCAAGGUCGCGCAGGACCUUCCGCAAUCAUUUGACGAUCCUCGGUUCUUGGACAAUGUCAACAAUGCAUACGCGUAUGCAAACGAGUCGUUGAUGAAGCUUCUCCUAACCACACACUCCUUGCCAGCACGCCUGCGUUCUUUGAAGCAUUACUUCUUCCUCGACCCGUCCGACUACUUCACCCAUUUUCUGGAGCUCGGCACGGCAGAGCUCCACAAGCCUACCAAGUCGCAAAACCUCGUCAAGCUGCAAUCGCUGCUCGACAUCGUGCUGCGUCACCCAGGAACUGUGGUGUCUAUGGACCCCUUCAAAGAAGACGUGUACGUCGAGAUGAAUGAGGUCAGCCUGAUCAAGAUGCUGCAACGAGUCGUCAGCAUCACGGGCAUUGAACAAGGCGAGUCUCUCCAGCCACUCAAAGACCAGCCAAUAGAGCAGGACAAAAGCGCGAUCGGCUUCACGUCCUUGCAGCUCAAUUAUACUGUUCCGUUCCCCGUGUCCCUGGUCAUCAGUCGCAAGACUGUCUGGCGGUAUCAAGCAAUCUUUCGUUAUCUCUUGUCCCUCAGAUACCUCGAGUCGCAGCUUUCCGCAACAUGGCACAAGCACAAUAACGACAUAGUUUGGGUGCACAAGUCUUCCGAGAGACGAGUGGAGACAUGGAAGAGGAGGGUUUGGACGCUGAGAGCCCGGAUGAUUGUCUUUGUCCAGCAGUUGCUCUAUUUCUGCACUCUCGAGGUUCUGGAGCCAAAUUGGCAGGCUUUGAUGGCACGGCUCAAAGCAAAGGACGGUUCGAUCGACGGAUCAGGCAAACCGGACCGGACAGUGGACGAGUUGAUGCAGGAUCACGUCGACUUCCUUGACACGUGCUUGAAAGGCUGCAUGCUCACCAAUGGGAAGCUGAUCAGGAUUCAUUCGAAGCUCAUGCAAACUUGCACGGCAUUUGCUAUGUACGCCAAUUGGUUGGCACGCGAGCUGGCAAAGUCAGACCCGGACUUGGUCGGUCCUUAUAAGCCGCCCAACAUGACGAAGGAGGCAUGGGAGAGCUUCCGCUCGACCCAGAAGGAUCCGAAUGCGUCACAAAACGGAGAUGCGUCCGUCAACAGUAGCCGAAUGCACGACGAGCAAGUGCGCAUCGAUAAUUUGUUCGAGAUCAUUGGAAAGUGGGAGAACAAUUUCAGCAGGCACUUGCAGAUCCUCUUGGACGCUCUCAACCACUAUGCAGCCACAGAAACAGUGGUGCUACUGAGCUUGUGCGCCCGCUUGGCUACAGCCAACCAAGGCACAGCAUAUACUGGCCUGAAAAACGAGGAGGACCUUGGGGCUUAG